AUGGAGGAUGAGGAGUGGGAAGGAAACUUAUCGGGCGAGUGUCUUAAAGCCAGUGGUCAUGAGCUUCUGUUUGAGAUCAUGAUUUCAUCUGUUUCGGCAUCUAGCAAUGAUGCACUGGAUUGUUUAACUGUCAGAAAUGACAGGAACAAAAAGAAGAAGGAGCCUUCAAAGCAGGAGUGUACAGAAAGCUAUGAAAUGACAGCGGAAUUGGACGAUCUCACUGAAAAGAUCCGCAAAGCUCACCAGGAAACCUUCCCAUCUCUCUGCCAGCUGGGCAAGUACACUACGAAUUCUAGUGCAGACCAUCGGGUCCGGCUGGAUCUGGGGCUCUGGGACAAAUUCAGUGAACUGGCGACCAAGUGCAUCAUCAAAAUUGUGGAAUUUGCAAAGCGCCUGCCCGGCUUCACCGGCCUGACCAUCGCAGACCAGAUCACCCUCCUCAAAGCCGCCUGUCUGGACAUCUUGAUUCUUAGAAUUUGCACAAGAUACACACCAGAGCAAGACACCAUGACAUUUUCAGAUGGCCUUACCCUGAACCGAACUCAGAUGCACAACGCUGGAUUUGGUCCUUUAACUGACCUUGUGUUCACCUUUGCCAAUCAGCUCCUGCCUUUGGAAAUGGAUGACACAGAGACUGGCCUUCUUAGUGCCAUCUGCUUAAUCUGUGGAGACCGCCAGGACCUUGAGGAACCCAUUAAAGUGGAUAAGUUACAAGAACCAUUGCUUGAAGCUCUGAAAAUAUACAUUAGGAAGAGACGACCCAGCAAGCCUCAUAUGUUUCCAAAGAUCUUAAUGAAAAUCACAGAUCUCCGCAGCAUCAGUGCAAAAGGUGCAGAACGUGUGAUUACAUUGAAAAUGGAAAUUCCUGGAUCAAUGCCACCCCUCAUUCAGGAAAUGCUGGAGAAUUCUGAAGGACAUGAACCAUUAACACCAAGUUCAAGUGGAAAUACAGCAGAGCACAGUCCUAGCAUCUCACCUAGCUCAGUGGAUAACAGCAGUGUCAGUCAAUCCCCGCUGGUGCAAUAAGACAUUUUCCAUCUACUUCAGACAUUCCCAAAACCUUCUGUCCAGGGAUGAAAAAGCAAGAAAAAACAUUUUUACUGCUGCUUAGUUUUUGGACUGAAAAAAUAUAUUAAAAUUCAAGAAGGACCAAGACUUUUCAUAUGUACCAAUAUAUACUCCUCACUGUCUAACCAACUAGAAAUACAAACUUAAAACUCUAAAAUCAGCCAUUUGAAGCAACCAGAAACUAGUUUAAAAGCUUCUAUUUUCUCUUCUGAACAUUCAAGAUUGCAUGACAAGACUGAUUUCAAAUUAAUUUCAAUUCUGGUUCCAUUUCUGAGGACUUUGUACAUACUGAUGUAUGGCUCUGCUUUCUUCUUUCUAUACUGGAUGUUUGGUGCUUUCUUUUUGUCUUGCAUACCCAAAAUAACCACGGCAUCAAGAUUUCGAAACAACUACUGUCCAUGGCCAGAUGUGUGAUAGAGGCGUUUUGUCUUCAGCUCCCAGAAUUUUCAGGACACAGAGGUUAUGAAGUGGGAAUCUUGUACAUGUCCAGUUAAGAAAGGUUAAAGACAUUCUGAUUUAGUUAGUAUGAAAACUUGUCCUUGCUCUUUUUGAUGCUCUCAGACUGCAUCUUUUCCAUGUUGCCCAGUAAAAGCAUACAAAUUCACUGCACUAGCAGAAGAGACUUCUGUGUCAGUGUAACUGCCAGUUCAGUAAUCAAAGUCAUUUGUUCAAUUGUUUAUGUCACUUUAAAUUGAAAGUGGUUUAUUACUUCUUGGUUAAUGGUCUAGAUACGCAGUUUAAGGAGAAAAAAAAUAUAUGACAUUUUUACAGUAUCGAUAGCCUCCAAGGCAGAAACACUUUUCAGUGUUACUAUGUUUUUGUUUACCUGUACACAACCCAUUAGGGAUAUUUCAUGGGACAACUAGGAGGCUGGUCCACCACCUAUAUAUACUGUGUAAGUAAGUCUGGUGUCCGUCCUUACGAAAGAAAUUCAUGCCAGGUAUUGGGGAUUUUCUGGCCUCCUUGCUAAUUAGGGGCCUCUCCAUUAAAAACUCCCAGAGGCAUGGGCAGAGAAUCUGCCUCUUUUGACCUUGUUAAAUCACUAUGAAGCAGAGUGAAAAACUGUGGUAGAGUGGUUAACAGAUUAAAAAGUGUCAGUUUCUUAGGUCUCAUUUAAGCACUAGUGGAUUUUUUUUUUUUGAUAUUUUAGCAAGUCUGUGAUGUACUUUCACUGGCUCUGUUUGUACAUUGAGAUUGUUUAACAAUGCUUUCUAUGUUCAUAUACUGUUUACCUUUUUCCAUGGAGUCUCCUGGCAAAGAAUAAAAUAUAUUUAUUUUAAAA